AUGAGCGCCGACCCCGAGAGAGAACAUGCGCUGGACGGAUACAAGACCAAGCUGCUAGAGUCAAGAGAAUGGGAGGCAAAGCUCAAGGCGCUGCGGUUAGAGAUCAAGGGCCUGCAACACGACUUUGACGUUUCCGAGGACAACAUCAAGGCCCUGCAGAGUGUCGGCCAGAUUAUCGGCGAGGUCUUGAAGCAGCUCGACGAGGAGAGAUUCAUCGUCAAGGCAUCAUCAGGCCCGCGCUAUGUCGUCGGAUGCAGGAGCAAGGUCGACAAGCUCAAACUCAAGCAAGGAACCCGCGUCGCUCUCGACAUGACAACCCUCACAAUCAUGCGCAUGCUCCCGCGAGAGGUCGACCCGCUCGUCUACAACAUGUCCCUCGAGGACCCUGGCCAAAUCAACUUUGCUGGUAUCGGCGGUCUGAACGAGCAGAUCAGAGAGUUGCGCGAGGUCAUCGAGCUGCCGCUGAAGAACCCAGAGCUCUUCCUCAGAGUCGGCAUCAAGCCGCCAAAGGGUGUCUUGCUAUACGGUCCUCCCGGUACUGGAAAGACCCUUCUAGCCAGAGCCGUCGCGAGCAGUCUGGAGACGAACUUCCUCAAGGGUAACUACCCACCACCGUUCAAUCUUCUGACCACUACUGAUCCAAGUGUCCAGNUCGUCUCGUCCGCCAUCGUCGACAAGUACAUUGGUGAAUCCGCCCGCCUCAUCCGCGAAAUGUUCGGCUACGCAAGGGAACACGAACCCUGUAUCAUCUUCAUGGACGAAAUCGAUGCCAUUGGUGGUCGCAGAUUCUCAGAAGGUACCUCUGCCGACAGAGAAAUCCAAAGAACCCUCAUGGAACUCCUCAACCAACUCGAUGGUUUCGACUACCUGGGAAAGACAAAGAUCAUCAUGGCUACAAACAGACCCGACACCCUCGAUCCUGCCUUGCUGCGUGCCGGACGUCUGGACCGAAAGAUUGAGAUUCCUCUGCCCAACGAGGUUGGCCGUAUGGAGAUUCUCAAGAUUCACGCCGAGGGUGUGCAAAAGGAGGGUGAAAUCGAUUAUGAGAGUGUCGUCAAGAUGAGUGACCAGCUCAACGGCGCCGAUUUGAGAAACGUCCNNGGUCUCUUCGCCAUCAAGGACUACCGUGACGCCAUCAACCAAGACGACUUCAACAAGGCCGUCCGUAAGGUCGCCGAGUCAAAGAAGCUCGAAGGCAAGCUCGAAUACCAGAAGCUGUAG